UAUUGAAAUAAUGAGAAAAUAGUACUAAAACGUCAAAUUGAAAAAAAAUCGCUAUGAUAUUAAAUAUAAGUGACGUGUGUGCAUUUGCAAAUGCAACUCCAUCAACCAGAAAUUUUCUGGAAGGUGAAAAAUUAUUACAUGCGGGACAUCUUCUGUUUUGCGGGAAGGAAGCAAAGGAAGACAAUUUAAUUAAUUUAAUUGCAUUUUGCAUUCAAUCAUCGAAAAUAAAAGAUGCACCACAUGAAAUAAAACAAUUAAGAAUACUGAUGAGCUGGACUCCGUUUCCUGUACCGACAAAAAAUGCUUGUGGGACAAUCCUCGAACGGCCUGCUUGGAACAAUACGAACCAGCACCACUAGAAACCCGCGA